AUGGGUAAUGCAGCAUAUCGACAAGGACGUGAUUCUACAAUUGAAAUAUCAAAUUUUACUCAGCAUUAUGGUGGUAACUCUGAUUUUGUUGCACAUUCACGUGCUGUUACUAUGAAUCCAGCACCAUGGGAUGUAACACAAUGGAUUGAUCCAUUUGAGCCUUAUCCUAAAAUCAACUCUCUUCCUGUUUUACUGGUUAGACGUAAAUAA